AUGACAAAAAACACAUUUGCUCGGUUGCAACAAAGAAAGCCAAAUGUCUGGUCACCUAGAACCAAGUUCAAGUGUCAAGAAGUCUGCAUGCCUUCUUUACAAUACUCAGUGUUGUCAUUGCCGGAUAUGUCUGACAAGAAAUCACCUCCUAGAAAGGAGAAGACACUUUUUGUACGGACACCCCAAUCAGAUAGUAAAACACUGAAACGAAAACUACUCGCAACUGAAUCCAGUCCUUGUGAAGACGAAGAGACGAAAGCUACCCCAAAAAGGAAGAAGCCUUUGAAUUCUGAACCUUCACCCACUCCGUCUAAUGCCCCACCCAAUCCCAAGAAUCCAAGUGGUAUCACGUCUCCCCGCACUGGCCCUCUAUCGGAGCGUCAGCAGAUGUUGUUUCUGAUGCGACUGACUGAUGAGACAUCACAAGAUUCGACAUCUAAACCAACUUCACCUCAGCCUGUCAGUCAGAUAGGACCAAAGCGUACUCCUGGUGACAAAAAAGUUCACAAGCGCAACGAGCGGGGAGAAACGCCUCUACAUCUCGCAGCAAUCAAAGGGGACAUCAAACAGACCAAGAAACUCAUCAAAGCAGGAGCAGAUGUCAAUGUUGCCGACUUUGCUGGAUGGACAGCACUACAUGAGGCUUGUAAUAGAGGCUUUCUACCCAUUGCCAAACAGCUGUUAAAGGCUGGAGCAAAUGUCAACGUCCAGGGUCUGGAAAACGACACACCACUUCAUGAUGCUGCAUGUAACGGUCAUGGAAAGCUGGUGGAGCUUCUUCUGAAACAUGGCGCCAAUCCCCUACAGCCAAACUUGCAGGGAAAGACUCCCAUGGAUGUGGCUGCCACACCAGACAUGGUCAAACUGUUGAGGAAGGAGAUCAUCACUUCUAGUAGUGACAGCUCAAGUCUUGACGAUGCCCGCUCACCAACGUCUCCUGAGAGUAACUCAUCACUUAAAGACGAGGAUAACAGAAACACUGAUUCCGACGACUAUCUGUCAAGACUACCAAAACAAGAUGGAAGUUCCAAUCAAGCUGCACUAAGCAGCAGAAGGUCACUUAUGGCAAAGUCAGAGAAAAUGUCAUCACCCCGUCGUCUUUUUCUAAAGUUUCAGCGUGAACAAGCUGAUGAAUUUCAUGAUAAACCAUCAAAGGAACCUCAUUUUACAUCAUACAGUGUUACAAUGGGGCCAAGUGAACACAAGGAUUUUUUGUCUGUCGAUAGCCCAGUAUCGAGUGUGGACAGUGACUUGUAUGACCCACAACUUGACAGUGUUAGGACUUUGGAAAAAGUUGGAGUCAAUCUAAUGGACACUGAAGAUGGCCUAGAGUCUAGUGCAUUAGCACGAGACAGAAUAGGAUUAAGUGGUGAGCGAUUGGCACAUGCUGCGGCACUAGGUGCCGAUAGAUUGGGACAUGUUGGAAUUGGUACUGAUAGACGUGCUGGUCAUAGUCGACAUAUAGGACUUGGAGAAGACAGAAUAGGGCUUGGUGGUCUCACCGGGCAUGGGGGGCUCAAUGUUGGAGAAGGAAUGGGUCUAAUUUCAGGCCAGGGAAAUAUGUCUGGGAGUCGUGUGGUGGAGGAUCACACGCCAUUGACUAGUGUUAUAUCAGGUAGUAAAACAAAAGUGACUUCUUCCUCUAGUGUUGAACUUGAAUUAAGACUUGGUAUGGGUGAGUUUGAGAGGCUCAGUAAUUUAGAGCCAGAUGGUCAAAAUGUUGAGUCAAUAGUCAACCCAGCUCCUCCUCCUCCAACAAAAUUCCAUCAGAAAAUGAUGGAUACUCAACCUUUUUCUCCACAUUUUAGUGAUAAUGAACAGAGUGAUAGUGAACUGAAAGAUCCCCCUCCCCUCUCUAUAUCAUCUAUGUCAUCCUCAUUAUCAUCGUCACUGACAUCCUCAUUGGUAACGUUGUCACAGAGUGGGAGGAGGGGGAGUGUUGGGGAUCAGUCUACACACAUUCCGCAUAGCAGUGACUCAAAUAAUCGUACCAAGUUAAAAGAGUCUGUGUCAGAUCCAGGACCUGGUAAUGGUGUUGGACACAAGUCUCUUGUAAACACCACCACUACUACCAACUCUGUAGUCAGCACCUCCAACACAAACCCGGUAACUUCAUCUUCGUCUGCAUUGUCAUCUCUCUUUACAACUGUGGUCGAUAAAAACAUCAGUGAGUUAACUAAUUCUCAAAGUGUAGUUGUACCAGUAGUGAGUUCUUCGUCGGAAAGAUUAGGAAUGGAACGGACAGCUCCUGUCACCACUAGUACAGUGUCAUUUCCACGGAGGAACAGUGUGUCUAGUGGGAUGGUAGUGAGUAGUAUUAACGGCUCCCAGGACAGUGGAAGUGGUCAUAACAUUGGGGCGGGGUCAGGGAGUAGUGAUCCCCCCGCCUCUUCCUCAGGGCUAAAAUGGGAGUUGCGUUCUUCUUCUUCCUCGUCCUCCUCUCCUAAAAACAUUGAUGAGUGGGGCAAUUUCUUGUCCUCUUCAAAAUCAGAGGGCAGGCAGAGUCCAACUAAAUCGGAGAAAGACCAAGAUAACAAUUCUCCAAAAUCUGAUAAGGAUGGCAGGGAAAGUUACAGUAGACCAACGUCGCCAAAAGUACCACCAUUAAAAAUCAUUAUUCCUCCUAAGGCUUCAACCUCAACAGCUAACUUGGAGUCAGUUUUUGUAAAGUCACACUCCUCAAAGCAUGCACUUCCAUAUGUGAUAAAUCCCACACAGGAACAGGAAGCAGCAGCAAAAUCAUCACAAAUGAAUCAGCCCAUCCCCAUGACAACACUCCCACAGGAGUUGACUAAUCCUUCUACAAGUAGUCCUGCUUCCUCACGGCCAUCAUCGCGGGAUAGUAACACAGCAUCGAAGGAUAAUGAUAAACAAAGUGCACAAAAAGAUUCAAAUAAAGAGGAUAAAGUCUCUGUGUUAGAAAAUUGUAAACAGUCUGUUUCCGUGGAUUUUUCAGAGGAAAAUCCACAGCCUCCUUGUCUACUGACAGACAAAGAGAAAGACCAGGAAAAGGAUAAAGAUUCCAAUAGUGUCAAAAGUGGUAGUGGGAAAGAAAGUGAAAAGGAGAAAGAAAAAGUUGAGGAGGAAAAGGAAAGUACACAGCGAUCUACACGAACAUUACGAUCUCAUACACAAGCUGCCUUGCAGCAGAAACAAUCACAUGAAAAACAUCACAAAGGAGAAAAACAAGAGAAGGGAGAUAAGCAGGAAAAGCAAGGGAACAAUGAUACGCUACAAAAAGAAGAAACAACAACAGGUGUUUCAAAGAACAACAAAGAGGAGGAGGAAAAUUUAGACAUACACCCAAGAAAGCGGAAAUUACGAUCAAAGAUAGACACAAAUGCUGUGGCCCAACCUGCACCUCCAGAACCUCCUCCUCCAGUCCAACUACCACUGGUGUCCUAUGAAAAACCACCUAAUCCAUUUGAAUUGUAUCUCUCCAUAAGGAAGCAGGUGGCUAUGAAACAUAAGCAGUGGUCAGUGGUACAGCCAAAUGCCCCAAAGGGCUUUAAGGAUUACUUGAUGGUCAGCUGUAGCUAUGUCCUGCAGGGCAAUAAUGCUAGCACUCUGUCUGUUCCUAUGUUGUCUCCCCCUAACUCUGUGACGGGUACAAUGCGGGACUUGUUUGUGGAACAAGAAAAGGCAAGGUACAAACUCCGUCUACAGCACCUCAUAGAGAGGGAAAAGCUGACAUUAUCAGUAGAACAGGAGAUUAUCAGGGAACAUGGGCGUGCUGCCCGAGCCAUGGCCAAUCAGAGUCUACCAUUAAGUAUGUGUGCGUUACUUCGAGAUGAAGAAAUCUACAACACAAUUGACCCAGAACAGGUUGAAGAAAAAGAAAAGAAUGUCCGUUCUAGGUACAGUGGUCGACAGUUUCUGUCCUGGUUAAAAGACGUGGAUGAUAAAUAUGAGAAAAUAAAGGAAGACCUUCUUCUGCGACAUCAUCAUGAAGCUGAAUCCUUAUUUGCUGUGCAGAAGAUGGACUGGGAAUGGAAAAUGAAGGAAAUGAGUUUAUGUGACCACAAGAGUGCUCCUACAAUAGAUGACCUCCAUGUCCCCAUGGUUCAAGUUAAUGACGAUUUUGAGCUUCGGCCCACGUAGCAGUAUGGCAGCUUGAUAGUAGUUUUUUUUUUUUUUUUUUUUCAUC